UUGCUCUUCUGUCAGCGGACAUGCGGUGAUGGUCAGUCUAUCUAUGCUGUUGCAGUAGAUCGUGAAGUGACAUUGUUACUGGGAACUGGUAAAACACUUUUACGGCAGGACGUGCCCUUUGACAUUCGGCAGCUACUUUGGGUUGUAUUUCCUCCUUCAAAGAGUGAAAUAGAGACAGCUGUUACUCAAGAAUUUUUUUGCAUCGUUGGUUUGCGCGAUUUGAUGUUCAUUGCUGUCAAUGAUUCCCAUCCAUUGGGAUUUCGUGUGCAGUUCGAUAUUCACGCUGUAUACGCAACCAAGUUUGGGUUGCUCGUAGAGCGUGAUCUAACGUGUUUCGGUAUUUCGGCGGAAGAGCAAGUUGCUCUCUAUUCGCUCUCUCAUCCGUUAAAUGAGUUAUUGGCGGUGAUAUUCAAGCCGCGAGAUUCUUUGACGCAAUGGUUGUUUUGUUGGGAGAAAUCCGAAUAUCGUAUUAUAGGAGCUGAAGAUGAUUUUUUGUUGGUAUUUGAUAGAUUGAAUGAG